CUUGUUGUUCAUCGAGAGUCGCAAAAUGGUGGCUUCUGCUAUACGCGGAGAAAUUUUGUUGUACCAUUAAGAACUAAAAAAAACACGCAUUUGUGCUAAUAUUAUUUAGUCAAAUUAUAGUGCAAAACUUUCACGUGCCACUGUCGCUGCAAUACGCGUGUGAAAGUAUACACAAAUUGCGUUUCAAAGUCAGCGAAAAUUGUGCCCAAAAAUCUCCGCAGCAAUAAAAAAAAAAACGCAAAGCAAGCGAACUGUGCCAAGUGCAAAUUAACCAAAAUCUACAUUUCCGGCUGCCUGUGCGCCCUGCCAAAGUAACGGUACAACAGGAGGAGCAACAGCAUCAUCAUCACUAGAUAUCUCUGCCUACUUCUAUCUCACUCGCUCGCACGCACGUCAACGUUAUUGUUAGCGGGCCAAGUGGGAGCCGCAGCCACCCGGUUUCGAAUUCGAGUUCGAGCUGCUUGCUGGAACACACGCACACACACAUCUAUACUGGAUUCAUGUUGAAUUUUCAUAUCAUAGCGGGCAUAAAAAGGCUUAACACUGGACCGGAAGCGUGUUUUUAAAGGGUGAUGGCGGCCUCCACUCAAGGAGAAAUACGAGUGGGUCCCGGCCACCAGGUAAACGAUGUCUAUGCAAAACUGCCCGAUUAUAAUCCAAUCUCAAGCUUCCCCGUUGACAAGGAAACCGAUGAACGUGAAUUAGAGGAAACAAGAUGGAGUCCUGGCGUUGUGGCCGAUGGCGACUUGUUAAUGUUUCUGCGUGCGGCACGCUCCAUGGCUGCAUUUCAAGGAAUGUGUGAUGGCGGUUUAGAAGACGGUUGUUUGGCUGCCAGUCGCGACGACACAACAAUUAACGCACUCGACGUGCUGCACGAUUCUGGCUACGAUCCAGGCAAAGCUCUACAAGCACUCGUAAAGUGUCCCGUUUCGAAGGGCAUUGACAAGAAGUGGACCGAGGACGAAACGAAAAAGUUCAUCAAGGGUCUGCGACAAUUUGGCAAGAAUUUCUUUAGGAUCCACAAGGAUCUGCUGCCACACAAGGAUACACCAGAGCUGGUCGAGUUCUACUAUUUGUGGAAGAAGACGCCCGGCGCCAACAAUAAUCGACCGCAUCGGCGACGCAGACAGAGCGCCUUGCGUCGCAAUCGUGUUACGCGCGCCAACAAUACACCUCCCAAAAAGGAGGACACCCCGGAACCACAAGCUGCGACGACGGCGACGGCGGCGGCGUCGGCUGCAGAGACGGCGAAUCGCUCAUCGCCCGCUGUCUCCAAGGAGGAGAACAGUUCUCUAACCGAGGACGACGUCAGCGAGUGUGACAGUGAUUCGAGUCUGACCAACAAAAGGGAUGAAUCACCAUCUAGGAUGAGGACUAGAAACAAACAACAGAACAACAACAACAACAAUAGCAGUAGCGCCGCUGCAGCUGGUGGCGGUGGUAACUCCGCCGCGGCUGGUGCUGCCUCCGUCAACGCAUCCGGCAACAGCUCCGGCAAGGAUCAGUCCUCUGGCUCGGCGAACAACAACAGCAACGCCGUGGCGAACGGCAAGCGGCCCAAGCGCGGCUCCGAAACACCGGACGCCGCAGCAGCAGCCGCAGCAGCAGCCGCCGCCGCUGCUUGCGAUAGCCCGAAGACGCCCACCAAGACCGUGGCGGAGGGAUCGGGCACUAAGCGCAAGGGCGGCAAACAGGAUACGCCCAACAAGAAGAAGCGCACCGAAGCGGAGACCAACAGCAACAGCAGCGAGCAGGCGAUCAACAACAGCGAGGACAACGUCAAGGAGAAGCCGCGCAAGCGGCCCGACAGUCCAGUUGAGAGCAUGAACUCGGAUAGUCGACCCGAUUCUGUUCUCGACGAUGGCGAGUCGAAUACAACCGACACGGAUGGACGCACCAUCGAGCAGCAGUCCAGCAAGGAUAGCAAGGAGAUCAACUGCAAGGAGGAGAACGCCGUCACGUUGUCCGGUGAUGUGGACUCCAAGUCGGAUGUAGUCAACGAGAAAUCGAUCAAAGCGGAAACUGCCUGCGCGGAAGACAGCAAGGAUACCAUCAAGAACAUGGAUGAGGAGACCAACAUCCAGGCACCCAGCAGUAUACAGCCGCUCAGUAUCAAGCCUACCCACGUGGAUGGUCUGCUCAAAGAGUCCAGCUCCUUGGAAGCGCCACCAGCUGUUGUGCCGGUAGCACCGAUCGCAAUGAAGGUGCCCACAAUUGCGACGGUGGAGGCGCUCAAUGCGUCAGUCGAUCGCGAUCGCAAGGAGGCCAUCGAGAAGAUGGAGAUUUGUGAGAACGAGGCGGCUGCACGCGAUCCCGAGCUGCUCAAGAAGCUGGCCACCAUCAAGCAGGAGACGUUGCCCCAACAGCAGCAGCAGCAACAGCAGCAACAACAACAACAACAGCAGCAGCAACAACAACAACAGCAGCAACAACAACAGCAGCAGCAGCAACAGAUGGUGGGCGUGCCGCCCGUGUCAGCUGCAUCUGGGCCAAUGCAGGAAACCGUUUACAUUAAGAAGGAGCCCAUGGAGGACUCCAUGGACGCCACAUGCAAUCAAAACAGCAACGAGCCACAAGAUCUCAAGGUCAAAAUCGAAAUCAAAAACGAGGAUCUGAAGAUCAAUGCCAGCGGACUGCCGCCUGUCAGCUCGGCGGGGCCGCCGCCCAAUGCCCAACUGGGUGGACUGCAUCACAGUGCCAGCGAGGGCGGCAAUCCGGAACCACUGCAUCUGCAGCAUAUGCCACAUGGACCAACGCCGCAGGCGCCUGCCGGCUACAUCAUAGACGGGCAGCUCAAGUAUGGGCCGCCCGGUCAGCCGCCUCCGCAGCCACCGCCGCAGCUGCACAGCGAUCCCGGCAGUGGGGUCGUGUCGGCACCAGCGCCUCAGAAAUAUCCUGGCGAUAUGGAAAUGAAGUACAACGAGGCAGCCGUCAAAUUCGAGCCAAGUGCUGGCAAAUUUGCGCCACAGGAGCUGAAGUAUCCGGUGCCCGCACCGCUGGAUGCGCUCAAGUACAGCCAGGAAAUGCAGGCAGCUGCCGCUGCAGCGGCGGCCGUGGGCAAGUACGACAUGAAGUACAUGAUCGAACAGCAGGGCAAGUACCCAGUGGAGCUAGCGCCGCCCAAGCCCGGCUACCAGGAGGCACUAAAGAUACCCGAUGUGAAGCCAGGCUUUGCCCAUCUGCCGCACAGCAUUGGUUCGAGCUUAGAUGGACCCGGUCCGCCGCAUAAGUACGCGCCGGCGGGUCAGAGUGGUCCGCCGCUGGAUCAGCAGCCGCCGGGUGCCACGCCUCCGCCCGGCAUUGCCAUGCCCAAGCCGCACUAUCAGCACGAUGUCCAGACGCCGCCGCUGGGACGACCGUUCGAGCCGACAGGUCUUAUGCUCAAGUACGGUGAUCCGCUGGCUGCGAAGUACGGGCCGCCACAGCCGCAGGAUCUCAAGUACCCGAUGCCGCCUGUAUCGUCAGCCGGCGGGGAGAAUCUGAUCAAGGCUUCGCCAUAUGGCCCGCCGCCGGAGAGCCCCAUCGAUGCCUCGGCACGCUCGACGCCCGGCCAGGAUAGCCAGGGCAGCAAUAGCAAUAGCAAUUCGCAGCCGCCAUCCUCGCAACCGCAGCAGUUCCAGUCGCCACAUCCCUCGCCGCACAUGCCUUCGCCAGCUGGCGGUGGCCUGCCGCCCGGCAUGCAUCCACAAAAUCUCAUCUCCCCGCACAGCCAUGGACCACCGCCGAAUUCUGGCUCCGGCCCGGGUCCGCAGCCGCCGACGUCCUUGCAUCAGCCCAUCAGCUCGAUGGCUGGUCAGGGUCCGCCCGGGCUGCAGCACGGUCUGCCACCGGGACCGGGUGGACCGCACGCACAAAUAUCAAUCGCCAAUUCGCUGACGGGCGUCGUCACCUCGCUGGGCGCGCCCACGAUGUCCACCAUGGCGCCCUCGCAUCCCAUGCACCCGCACAUGCAUCCGCACCAACAUGCGCACCUGCAAUCCUUGCAAGCGCUUCACCGGCAUCCCGAUCUGGGCGCGGCCAUGCAUCCACAUGCGCCCAUGGCCAUGUCACUACAGGCACCGGGUCCACCGCCGCCGCACAGCCACGCGCAUCCGCUGGGCCCCAGCCACCAACAGCAGCAGCAGCAGCAACAACAGCCGGGUCCGAGCCCGGCGGGCACAGUGCGUACGCCAUCGCCGGCGCAGCAGCAGCAGCCGCCGCGCAGCAUGCACGAACCGCUGCCCACGUCACGGGAGCCGCCCGCCUCGCACACCUCGACGGCGCCAACGGGCUCGAUGAGCAGCAUCAACUCGGGCCCGGGUCCAGGACAGGGGCCGGGGCAGGGGCCAGGACCAGGGCCGAUGACACAUCAGUCACCGCAUGCGCAUCGCACAUCCCCGCUGCCGGGCUUGGCGCAUCCAUCGGGACUCAUUGGCCAUCCUAUGCCCAUACAUCCGCACUUGGCGCACCUGCCACCUGGUCAUCCGGCACACGCAGCUCUGGCGCAUCCAGGCCAUCAUCUGCUGUCGCAUUCAAUAGCAGGACUGAGCCACGGCGGCGGUCCCAUCGCUCUACUGGCCGGUCCCGGCGGACUGGGUGGCCUGCCCGAGUCGGCGCUCAGCCGACGCACGCCGCCCAGCCAUCUGUCGCAUCCGCACUCCUCAUCAGGGCCAUCGACGCCACACUCGGUGGCCAUCUCGACGAGCAUGUCGCUUACCACCACUCCCAACACGGUGCCCUCGUCCGCCUUCAGUCGCGCCAGUCCCAGCGUACAACUCUCGAGCGGUGCCCCGCCAGCUGGUGGCCCUGGUGGCAACAGCAACAGCGGCACGCCGAACAACUCGUCGUCAGCUGCCGCCGCUGCGGCCGCAGCCGCACAUCGCGCCGCCUCGCCCGCCUCCAGUGUGGGCAGCCUGAGUCGGCAGAGUCCGCUGCAUCCGGUGCCGCAGUCGCCGCUGAGCCAUCAUCCGUCGUCGUCGGCGCUGUCCGCCGCAGCGGCCGCUGUUGCCGAACGGGAUCGGCAUGCGCUGCUGCGUCAGCAGUCGCCGCACAUGACGCCGCCGCCAGUGUCGAGCGCCUCGGGCCUGAUGGCCAGUCCGCUGAGCAAGAUGUACGCACCACAGCCGGGUCAACGAGGCUUGGGCACAUCGCCGCCGCCGCAUUUGCGACCGGGUGCCUCGCCGCCGGUCAUACGGCAUCCACAAAUGCCGUUGCCAUUGCCGCUGAUUGCGCCAGGCGGCGGCAUUCCGCAGAUUGGUGUGCAUCCUGGCCAGUCGCCGUAUCCGCAUCCGUUACUGCAUCCCUCGGUCUUCUACUCGCCGCAUCAUCACAAUCCCUUUAACUCGCCCUAUGGCUAUGCGCCGUACGGACCUGGCUUCCCCGCCUACAUGAAGCCACCGCCACCAUCCGGCCCACUGGAUCCCGCCGCCGUGAUGGCCGCCCAUCAUGCUGGGCUAUCGGGUCCGCCGCCGCCGUCGCGCCAGGAUGAACAGAAUGCAGCAGCUGCGGCAGCUGUGGCCGCCGAGAAACAGCACGCGGCGGCUGUGGCUGCGGCUCAACAACAACAGCAGCAACACAAGACGCCUCAGCAGCAGCAACAACAACAGCAGCAGCAACAACAGCAGCAGCAGCAACAGCAACAACAACAGCAGCAACAACAACAGCAACAGCAGCAACAACAACAACCUGGUGGUCCGCCACAGAAUAAACCACCGACGCCAAAGACGCCGCAGGGACCAGGUGGUGUGGGUGUGGGUGUGGGCGUUGGCCUAGGUGGUCCCGGCACGCCCACGGGUCUGCCGCCCGGCGCCUAUCCGGGCUCUCACAUACCCGGCUAUCCGCCGCCGCCGCAUGCCUCGCCGUUUGCGCCGCAAGAUGGACAACCGCACGGCAUGAAGCCGACCUCCCACAUGGACGCGUUGCGUGCGCACGCGCACUCAGCCAAUUCUGCGGGCCUGGGCAGUGCCCAUCAUCCGACCGAGCCAUUGCCCAUUGACAUUGAGCCCGAUCCAGAGCCCGAGAUACCCAGCCCCACGCACAACAUACCGCGCGGACCCAGUCCCGAGGCGAAGCCGGAUGAUACCGAAUGCCAUCGCUCGCAAUCGGCAAUCUUUGUGCGUCACAUCGAUCGCGGCGAUUACAAUUCGUGCACGCGCACGGAUCUGAUCUUCAAGCCGGUUACGGACUCCAAGCUGGCGCGCAAGCGCGAGGAACGCGAUCGCAAACUGGCUGAGAAGGAGCGUGAGCGAAGACAGCAACAACAGCAGCAGCAACAGCAACAACAACAGCAACAAGCAGCCGCCGCACAACAAGCCGCCCAGCAGGCCAAGAUGAAGGCGGAGCUAAAGCCUCCAUAUGCGGAUACACCAGCGCUGCGUCAAUUGUCGGAGUAUGCGCGUCCACAUGUCGCCUUCAGUCCUGUUGAGCAGAUGGUGCCUUAUCAUCAUCCAAUGAGCCCCAUGUAUAGCAGAGAGAGGCAAUUACUCAUGCUUCCAACCUUGACUAAUUACAGAGAAUUGGAGGAGAUUAAGAACGCGCAAGCGGCGGCCGCAAGUCAAUCGCGACUGGAUCCGCAUUGGAUGGAAUACUAUAGGCGUGGCAUACAUCCCUCACAGUUUCCGCUAUAUGCGAAUCCGGCUAUAUCGCAAAUGGAACGCGAACGUCUGGGCAUACCGCCUCCUCAUCAUGUCGGCAUGGAUCCGGGCGAGCAUAUGAUACGAUUGACGAGAGAAUAUCAUGCACACUCUCAUACUCAUUUACAUUUGCCUUUGCAUCCACAGCCGCAACCACCGGAGGCCGGUUUCCAACUGCCACCGAAUGUUGGGCAAUAUCCGCGUCCAAAUAUGCUUAUACCUAGGGAGCCGCACUCGGACGUUUUGCUGAGGAUGUCCUAUGCAGAUCAACUACAGUAUUUACAGGCCGCCGAGUUUCAACGGCAAUCGCUGCACGAUCAAUACUUUAGAAAUCAACUACGUUAAGUGUUCUCCAACUGGGCAGCUGAGACGAUCCACUUAUGAAAAAAGAGGGAAUCGCAAAUUAGAAAUCAAAUGAAACCAACUGACGAAACAAGCAAAGAAAACAUGAUGGUCGCAAUAUUUUAUAAGUAUCGUCUUUAUAGUGUAUAGUGUUAAAAGAAUUCUAAACAAAAAUUUGAUAGAGAGAGAUAGGGAAGCGUGUUAAUUAUCGUUUAAGCUUACGAGAAUUGAUUAAGGCAAAUGGAACAAACUUAGCACACAAAUUUUUAAGGUUUUCAACUGCGGAAUGUGCAACAAAACAUUUUUGCAGAAUAUAGCAGCACUUUGAUAAUACCCUAUGACUAAACACUAAGCUCUAUUUCAAAUCAAAUUAAUUAGACUUUUGCAACUAGCUAAAAACAAACAGAGCAAAACCAAAAUACAACAACAAACGACAACUUGCAAUUUUAGUAUAUAUAUAUAUAUAUAUAUAGUAUGUAUAUGUAUAUGUAUAUUCGGGACGUGAUUUGAAUUGAAUGGUAAAAGUCGAGCCCAAGAGAUUGGCAGAUAUGCCAAGUGCACUUUGUUGCCGAUCAAGCACAGUCUAUAGAUAUAUAUAUGUAUAUGUGUAUGUAUUUAUAUAUAUGUAAAGAAUGUAUUGUACAAAGGGCUUUCUAGAGAACUGCAACUGCAACUGCAACUACUUUGACAUCUCAUACGCUGAGAAUUGUAUAUGUAAUUUAAACUUAAUGUACUUCCAGCCACAAUUGAACUAUAUGUAUUUCGUAGUGUUAGUGCGCUUAUUGCUGCUUAGUUUUGAUUUAUAUAGUAAUCCUUUUAUAUGUUUUGGCUAGCUUGGCUUUCUUACUACUCAUUAAUUUAUUAUUUUGUUUGGCUUAACUCUAGUAUUAUAUUAUCA